AUGGUGUCUGCAGCAAGAUCCCACGCCAGCCGUGCUCCUGAAUCUUCGAGGGCUGUUGAUAAGUGCCAGGCCGCUUACCCGCCUCUACAGACUUAUGGAUACUGCUCCGCUAUCAUUGGCAGCACGAUCGGCCAGCCAGGAUGGUACGAAUACUUCGACUUGCCACCCCAGGGCACAGAGGGGUACGGGUCAAAAACAGCACAGGCCAUUGCCACUGCGAAUGGCUUGUACAGCACCGGAGGAGCUGUGGGUAGCCUCUUCGUUAUGUGGGCAGCUUCGGCUCUUGGCCGGAAACUUUCCAUUCAGAUAGGAGCCGCCUGUGCUGUGCUCGGAGGUGCGCUUCAAGGUGGUGCGGCCAAUUUGGCCAUGUUCCAGGUGGGCCGAGUCAUUUCCGGCCUCGGUAUCGGCAUACUCGUCACUGCCUGUCCCAUGUAUCUCUCAGAACUCUCGCCCCCUCAUAAACGCGGCUGGCUCGUUGGACACCAUGCCAUCUUCCUCGUCUUCGGUUACAUGCUCUCGGGAUGGCUUGGAUAUGCAUGCUACUUCGCGACAGAUCGCAACGCGUCGUUCGCGUGGCGUUUUCCUCUAUGCAUACAGUGCCUGCCUCCACUUGUUCUUCUGAUGACCAGUAUUUGGAUACCUAGAUCUCCUCGCUGGCUGUUGCAAAAGGGCCGGGCGGACGAGGCAUGGCAGGUACUGAAGAACCUUCGCCGGGAUCCGCAAGAUCCCGAUGACAUCUUUGCAAAAGAAGAGCUGUACCAAGUCAAAAUGCAGAUAGAGCUGGAUGCAGCGAAGUUGCGGGCCAUCAAGUGCACACCGUGGACGGCCGUCAUCAAGAAGAAGAGCUACAGGAAGAGGAUGAUCAUAGGAUUUCUCACCCAAUGGGGUGCUGAAUUUGCAGGGCCGCUGGUUAUUAACAACUACUCUGUGAUCCUGUACACCAACCUUGGCCAAACGGGCUCCAUGCCUCUGCUUCUCUCAGCCCUGUGGCUCACCACUGCUGGGGUGAUUUACAACCCUCUGGGAGCCUGGCUGCACGAUAAGGUCAACUCCCGACGCUGGAUGUUCAUGGUGGGGCUCUUUGGGUGCUUGUUCACAACCUCCGGGCUUGUGGGAUGCAUCGCACAGUAUGCAGGCACCGCCAACAAGGCCGGUAACUCUGCUGGAGUGUUCUUUGUGUUUCUCUACCUCGCAUUUCAAGGCACAUUGUGCGAUACUACAAUGUACCUUUAUAUCUCGGAGAUCUUCCCGACCGAGAUCAGGCCGAUCGGGAUGGGAUUCUCACUCUUUGGCCAGUUCGCUUCCACGAUUAUCCUUUUGCAGACGGCACCGAUCGGUAUCGACCAAGUCGGCUGGAAGUACUAUUUGGUCAUUAUUGUAUGGUGUAUUGUCUUCAUACCAAUCGUCUAUUUCUUCUUUCCCGAGACCGCGCGCUUGUCCCUGGAGGAGAUUUCAGCCCGAUUUGGCGAUGACGUGGCCGUCCAUAUCAACGACAUCCCCGAGGCCCAGCGCAAGGAGUUGGACGACUCCCUUCGAAACAAAGAUGUAGUCCAUAUGAAGGAAACCCAGCCUGCCGCAGAGGCGAUCGAGGAUGGCGUUAUCCCCGCAAAGGUUUGA